AUAUUACAAUGCAGGAAUAAAUGCAUGUUUAUGUUUUGUUUUGUUAGUAUCCCCGAGUUUGCCAGCUUGAUGUCCGAGAUAAAAAUUACGGAUGCAAUGGACGAUAACGCGGAUACUACACCAGAUUUAGAGUCCUUCAAUGGCUAUGGUUUUAACAAUUGCACACCUGCCGAAGCAUUUAUUCAAGGCCUCUCCGGAAUGGUAAAUCAGAGUGAUGUUGAGACCAUGAUAAGAGCACAAAAACAAAUGCUACAGCGGUUUGAGAAGACGAAUGAAAUGCUGCUGAACUGCAAUGCCUUGUCCCAAAGUCGUUUAAAGAACGCAAAUGAGAAAUUUAAACGACACGUUAAAUUGCUGAGUGAAAUGAAAAAAGAUCUGGAUUACAUAUUUCGUAAAGUGCGCAUUAUUAAGCAGAAACUACAGCAGCAAUAUCCCGCUAUAUAUGCGGAAGUCCAGCCUCAGCGAAGCAGCCUGGCCGAAGAGGCGGAAGAUGAAACAGAAAGUGCGAAGCCUGCGCAGAUUGCGGAAACAGCAGAGCCGAAGCCGGCCGUGGAGCAAACACCCAAGAAGAGCGGAGCCACGAUCGAGUAUGUGCAAAUGCAGGAGGCCAUCGAAAAUGGAACAGUCGAGAUUGAAAAUGAACUCAUAAAACGUGUGUGUUCCGUGGAGACUGCAAAUCCUAAUGACUCCUCCGAUUGUACGUCAGAGGACACUGGCUAAUCAUUAGUUCAUAUUUAGAUUUAUUUAACCUAAAGCCUAGUAAUGUAUUUAUGAUACAGUAUUUAUAAAAGCUAGUGGAAUAUUAUGUAUAAGG